ACUUGUGCGAUAAGAACCAAUAUUAUUUGUUGUCCGCUUUGUUCGCAUUGUGUUGGGAGAUUAUCGAUAGAGGGGGGUUAUUUCAGAAGCACGUGUUAAGAUGUUCAGGUCGCUGUAAAUUGAUGAACGUUGUAAUUUCGGUUUUGGAAAUAAGUUUAUUGUGUUUUUCUCGUUACACACAGAGGAGACCCCCGUAAUUCGGAAGUGACAAUUUUCAAUUAUCGGCAAGAUGGCUCUUGGUGCGGUUGUGAAUGAAUCCGAAAAUGAGACGAACACCAAAAAUCUCACUGGAGGCAGUGAAAAGAUAAAUAACUCCCCGACCACGGACAUCGAGGGUGCAGAUAAUGAAAAACUCAAUAAAGAAACAACUUUGCAAAAUGGGCAUGCCGAAGGAGCAAAAUUAUCAAAGGACGCUGAAGAGAAAGAAAAGGACGAAAGUGAAGAGAAAAAUAAGGAUGAGGUAGUGUUCAUUCAGGAUGUUGGAUUUACUGUAAAGAUUGUAAGUCCAGGAGCUGAGCCUUUUGAUAUUCAGGUAUCCAGCAUGGAACUGGUACAAGAGAUUCACCAACUCUUAAUGGACAGAGAAGAUACCUGCCACAGAACCUGCUUCUCACUACAAUUGGAUGGCAACACUUUGGACAAUUUUGCAGAACUUAAAAACAUUGAAGGUUUAAAAGAAGACUCAGUCAUCAAAGUUGUGGAAGAACCAUACACCAUGCGUGAGGCUAGAAUUCACGUCAGACAUGUGAGAGACUUGCUUAAGUCUCUGGACCCAGCUGACGCCUACAAUGGUAGUGAAUGCAACUCAUUGAGCUUCCUGAAUAUUGUUACUCAAGGUGAUAUUUUGGAGAAGAAAAAAUCUCGUCCUGAAAGUGUGGACUGCACUCCACCUGAAUACAUCAUGCCUGACAGCAAAGAGAGACCAUUGACAGCCCUUCAGCCUCAACUAAAAGACCAAAAAAUGCCACAAUGUGUGAAAGUGUUAACAACAUCACCUUGGAAUCCACCACCUGGACAUCGUAAGAUACAUGGUGAUUUAAUGUAUCUAUAUGUGGUAACAUUAGAAGAUAAACACUAUCACAUAUCAGCCUGUUCAAGAGGUUUUUACAUCAACCAAUCAUCCACUGAAGAAUUCAACCCUAAGCCAUCAUCUCCUAGUCACUUGUGCCAUUCUCUCAUUGAACUUUUGAACCAAAUAUCACCGCAAUUUAAAAGAAACUUUAGCAUCCUUCAAAAGAAACGUAACCAACGUCAUCCAUUUGAACGAGUCGCCACCCCUUAUCAGUUAUACGCUUGGACUGCCCCCACUAUGGAACACACCAUUGAUGCCAUUAGGGCUGAGGACACCUUUUCCUCAAAGCUGGGCUAUGAGGAACACAUACCAGGUCAAACGAGAGAUUGGAAUGAGGAACUCCAAACGACUCGCGAAUUACCCAGAAAAACACUGCCUGAACGUCUAUUACGCGAACGUGCUAUAUUUAAAGUGCACAGCGAUUUUGUUGCGGCCGCAACACGUGGUGCUGUUGCAGUCAUCGACGGCAAUGUGAUGGCCAUUAAUCCUGGUGAAGAGGCCAAAAUGCAGAUGUUUAUCUGGAAUAACAUAUUCUUUUCUCUUGGUUUUGAUGUACGCGACCACUACAAGGAACUGGGUGGAGAUGCUGCCGCAUUUGUAGCGCCGCGUAACGAUAUACAAGGUGUACGUGUUUAUAGUGCGGUGGAUCUUCCUGGGCUUUACACCUUGGGAACUGUGGUAAUUGAUUAUAGAGGUUAUAGAGUUACAGCCCAAUCAAUUAUCCCCGGAAUUUUAGAACGUGAACAAGAACAGUCUGUAGUUUAUGGAUCAAUUGAUUUUGGAAAAACUGUUUUAUCUCAUCCGAAAUACUUGGACCUGUUAAACAAGGCUGGUCAACAAUUAAAAAUUUUACCUCAUCAUGUAUUAAAUGAUAAGGAGGAAUCUAUUGAGCUGUGUUCUAGUGUUGAAUGCAAAGGUAUAAUUGGAAAUGAUGGCCGUCACUACAUUUUAGAUUUGCUCAGGACUUUCCCACCAGACGUUAAUUUCCUUAAACUUGAGGGCGAGGACCUAAGCAAAGAUGUGAAAGCUCUAGGUUUUCCAAUUGAACACAAACAUAAACUGUGUUGCCUUCGUCAAGAAUUAAUAGACAGUUUCGUUGAUGCACGUUAUAUGAUGUUUAUUAAGUACGCAGCGUACCGCCUACAACUGUUAAAUAUGAUCAAAAAUGAAGACAAAACUAAGGGUAUUGAAAAUGGGUCAGAAAAAGUUGAAGUACCUGAGCCUGUAGGCAAAUCUUCAGACGAAGAUAAGGAAAAAGUAGACAACAAGGAAAAGGAAGAGGAAGAAAAGAAGAAGAGCCAAAUACAAGAGGACGAAGCCAAAAAGAUUGUUGAGAGCAUAAAAGAUGGCACCAAAGCAGAAUGUAAGGAUAAAAUUCCGUUUUUAAAAAUUUUAAAUAAUAAUCGGUUGUUUAUAGUGGAGGAAAGUACUAAAAACAUAGUGAAGACUGCUGCUGCAGCUGUUGGGUCUCUAAAGGAAACCGAAUUUGAUAUUCGGUUUAAUCCGGACGUUUACUCGCCCGGAAUUAAGCACUGUGAAAGUAGUGACCCACCACUAGCAAAGCAAAAACAAUUAGUCAAAGAUGCAGCUGAAUUCUUGUUAACUGUUCAAAUUCCCACUUUUAUACGUGAUUGUCUGGACCAUUCAUCUGCUCCCAUGGACGGAGUCACGUUGUCUGAGGCGAUGCACAAUAGAGGAAUUAACAUAAGAUAUUUGGGAAAGGUUGCCAAUUUACUGUCGAAAGUUAAGCAGCUAGAGUAUUUACAUAGCAUCGCUGUGGCUGAAUUAAUCUUACGUUCGGCCAAACAUAUUUUCACCACGUAUCUUCAAGGCUGUGAAAUGAUGAAUUUAUCUGUUGCUAUAGCACACUUUUUGAAUUGCUUCCUGUUUUCUGGUGCUGUACCAAACCCAUUGCAGGGUGUGGAUGAGUUCCAGGGUAGGAACAACAAGAAACGCAAUAAAAGGCGGGGCAGGGCAAAUCCCCUUUCUUGCAACGAUAAUAACGAGUGGGCCACCCUUACAACAAAAAUUCUUUGGAACCAACUGAAGACAGAACUGAAGGGUUACUUCGAUUAUGAUCUACAAACAAUCGAAAUCGACUCAACCAUUGAGACCUACAACUUACAAAAGGUGUCCCUGUUGCGGUCGUUCUGUCUAAAAACCGGCAUCCAGAUUAUUUUAAGAGACUACAAUUUCGAAUCAAAGAACAAACUCAUAUUUUAUGAGGAGGACGUCCUCAAUAUUUUCCCCAUUGUCAAACACAUCAAUCCAAGAGCCACAGACGCGUACAACUUCUACACAACAGGCCAAACAAAAAUCCAGCAAGGGUAUCUUAAAGAUGGAUAUGAGCUUAUUAGUGAGGCUCUAAACUUGCUCAAUAACGUCUAUGGGGCCAUGCACCCAGAAAUAGCUCAGUGCUUAAGAAUGAUUGCCCGUUUGAAUUAUAUUAUGGGUGACCAUGCAGAAGCAAUGGCAUAUCAACAAAAGGCUGUGCUAAUGUCCGAACGUGUCAAUGGUAUCGAUCAUCCAUACACGAUCACUGAAUAUGCUCAUCUGGCGUUGUAUUGUUUCGCUAAUAGUCAGGUCAGUACAGCCCUCAAGCUCUUAUAUAGGGCGAGAUAUUUGGCCGUCAUAGUCUGCGGGGAGAAUCACCCUGAGGUUGCCCUACUUGAUAGCAAUAUCAGUUUAAUAUUACAUGCUGUUGGAGAGUAUGAAUUGUCACUGAGGUUUUUGGAAAAAGCCUUAGCCUUAAAUAUCAAAUAUUAUGGUGGUAAAUCUCUUAAAGUUGCAGUCAGUUUCCAUUUGGUAGCUAGGACCCAAAGCUGCAUGGGAAACUUUAGAUCUGCACUCAACAAUGAAAAAGAAGCCUAUGCUAUCUACAAACAACAGUUGGGUGAGAAUCAUGAAAAAACCAAAGAGUCGUCAGAAUGCCUGAAACAUUUGACGCAACAAGCUGUGGUUCUACAAAAGAAAAUGAAUGAAAUUUACACUGGAAAGAAUGGUGCAUCACUGCCUCCAAUACAAAUCCAACCACCUUCCAUGGGUUCUGUUUUAGACAUGCUGAAUGUAAUUAAUGGAAUAUUGUUUGUGCAAAUAAGUCAAGAGGAUAUCGAAAAUUUUAAGGCUGAAAUCGAAAAGAGACAGAAUGAGGAAUCAGAAGAUUCAGAAAAGAAAACACCUGAAGCUAUUGAAAGCCACUAGUAAAUUCUUUCUAUUUUCAUGUUACAAAUUAAAUUUUAGAAUAUUGUUAGAAAUUUGUAGUAAUUGAAAUUAAUUGUAAUUUCUUAGAUAUCGCAGCAACAUGCGCCACACAUACUAGUCAAUUUUAAACAUUUAUAUAUUUUUUAUAUAUAUAAAUUAGUAUUAAUAUGUUUUCUUCAAUUUUAGACUGAAUAUUAAAUAGAUUAUUUUGUUUAUAUAAGAAUCUUUUUAAUCGAAUUCCUAUAAUUUUUCACGGGCUAGUUAUGUUCAUUUUUAAAGGUACAUACUAUUGUAGACAAUAAGAAUGUUGCAUGUUGCUGGAAAAGAAAUACAACUUUUAUAUGUUACUUUUGCACAUGCUUUACUGAAGUGCAUUUUUCUAUAUUAUCUAGUUGUUUUUUGUAAUCAAAAUUUUGUUAUUAGUAAAUAAACUUGAUUACAAUUUUUGACUAAUUUUUACAGAAAUUUUAUUAUGUUAUGUAAUAAAUACAACAAAUACCAAAUAUAUUUAUUUUUAUUUUA